ACGUUCGCCCCGACAUGGUCCACGGCCAGCCUCUUCUCCAGCUUCUGCUGAAUAUGUUUUUGGACUCCAACCCUUUGGUGGUAUCCAACGCGGUGGCUGCCUUGGGGGAGAUCUCUCGGGCUUCGGGGCGUUGCCAUUUCAAGUCUCUUUUUGCAAAAGACAGCUCCUGCGUCUCCCGGCUGCUGAGCGCUUUAAACGAAUGCACUGAAUGGGGCCAAGUUUUCAUUCUCGACGCCCUCGUCGCCUACGAUCCGCCCACUCCCAAGGCCGCAGAGGCUGUCAUCGAAAGAGUUCUUCCUCGCCUUUCCCACGCAAACCCCGCAGUUAUUCUCUCCGCGGUGAAGGUCAUAUUGAAGCUGCUGGACAAAAAGAGGCCCUCCAUCCUCGCCAACGAGAUCAAGGCAUUUUACUGCGGCUUUCAUGACCCACUUUUUGUAAAAGUGGAAAAGCUGGAGGCCCUCGUGCUGCUGGCCACAGAGAGAACUGUUGACGGGGUAAUUAGGGGCCCCUUGGGGGCCCCCAAGGGGCAACACAGGAACCCCCCUGUCCUCGCGGAGCUGCGGGACUACGCAGUGGAUGUGGACUUGGAGUUGCGGCGAAGAGCUGUGAAGGCAAUUGGGCGAAUUUGUUUGCGCCUUUCUUCUUCUCUUUCGAAUUGUUUGGACCUUUUGUUCAAUUUGAUGAAAGAAAACACUAAUUUAGUGGUUCACGACGUUGCUCUCGUCCUCGCAGACGUCUUCAGAAAGUACCCCGGGGAUUACUCCGCACUCGUCGCUGCGCUUUGCGCCGCCGCCGACCAAAUCGAAGAGCCCGAGGCGAAGGCGGCACUCAUUUGGAUUUGUGGAAACAUUUCUAUGGUCGCCUCUGUCUACCACAAACUCCCCGAAACUUUCGUACCCAAAACGAGGCCCCCGGGGGCACCCCAGGGGGCCCCCGGGGGCCCCCCGGGGGCCCCUGGGGGCCCCCCGGGGGCCCCUGGGGGGCCCCUGGGGGCCCCUGGGGGGCCCCUUGAGGGGCCCCUGGGGGGCCCCACUUUGGGGAGCUUUUCUUCGCAAGAAGAGUCGGGGCAGCAGGUUGUUGAGAGGGCCAGAAGGGCCUUAGAGCAGCAGCAGCAGCAGCAGAGCCGCAGCAGCAGCAGCGGCAGCAGCAGCAGCAGGAGUAGGAGCAGGAGCGCGCUCUCGGACUCCGAAGAAAGCAGCCCCGUGGACCUGCUAGAUUUGAGCGAUUCUUCAAUUUCCGGCGCGUCCUCGAAGGCCUUUUCCGCGCAACACACUUCAUUGCUUGCAGCAGAAACCCCAGAUGCGAGGCAGCAAAAGGGUUUAGAGAUCACAACUGCUUUCUUCAGGCCCGAAGGCGGGGGCAGCAGCCUGUGCGUGCGGGUGCGGAACAAAAACCCUUUUUCAGUGUUUAUUUCGGACUUGCAAUUUAACUCCAACAGUUUCGGGGUUUCUCCAAAACCCUCGUUUUCUAAUUUCGAAAUAUCUCCCGAGGGUUUUCACGAAACCCUAGUUUCCCUCGCCUUCAACAAACUCAACUCCAACACGCCCCCCGCAGAGCCCCUCACCAUCCAGGCAGCUUUGAAGACUUCAUUGGGUGUAAUAUACUUUCCCAUUUCUUACGCUCUUGGAGAUGUUUUAGAAGAUAAACCUCCAAUUCAAAAAGACCUUUUCAGGCAGCAGUGGCAGGCCCUCGGCGAGGCCAAACAGGGUUGCAGAGACUACCUCAGCCAGCAGCGCCUAAACCCUCAAGAUGCAAUUGUGCUGCUGCAGCAGCAGCGGAUAAGCCUCGUGGCCCAGAGAGCAGCAGAAGCUUAUGAGGCGCUUUACUUUUCGUGUGUCACAACGAACAAUUUGCUGCUGCUGCUGCAGCUGUCGCUUUCCAAAACCUCCCAGGCCGUAAAUGCAGUAGUGCGCAGCGACGCUGGAGUUCUGAUCCCCAUUUUCCACAACUUCCUAAUGGUCUCAUGGGGCCCCCCCCCGCCCCCGCCGGGGGGCCCCCAGCCCCAGCCCCAGGGCCCGGCGCAGGGGCCCCCUGCUGCUGCAACCCCGGGGCCCGGCCUGGAGGCCCCCGGGCAAAGCUCCGAGCCCCCGAGGGCCCCCGCAGCAGCAGCAGGGGCCCCCGAUGAGACAGAAGAAAGGCUGAAGUCGCAGCUUCAAAGCCUGACAGAAGGCCGGCUGCUGCCUGCAGUUUCUCCCCCUUCUCAGGAGCCCCUAGUGGUGGCCAGAAGUCCUUUUUUUGGAGCCGAAGUUGUCAAAAAAUUCGACCAACUCACCAAGUCUUAUUUGCGCAGUAUGGUCGCAGGCCAGCUGGCCCGCAAGGCCGUGCUCAUUGUCUACGUCGGAGACCGAAAGGGCGACAUUCCGCGCCCCGUGCCGGGACCGCAGGAAGUGCUGCGCAAGCUGGAUGUGGCGGAGAAGCUGUGCAGUUCUUUCAGCGCUCCUUCUCAAGAAGUGGCAGCCCUUUGGCGGCAAAUGGAGGCGGAGCUUCCUUUCUACUCUGUCUUCUUCCGGGUAGAGCCCAUGGUGUUCGACACCAUUCCAGUGUCUGUUUCCUUCGAACCCGCCAAGCUGCCCCCAUUGCCGCCUUCGCCCCUUUUCAGGGGGGAGUUCGGAGUGGUGCAGGUGCAGGCGCGCGUGAGCAGGGGCGUGUGGCAGAUCCCAGCGGCGCGGGCGCUGCAGGCCACUGUGGCGUACGUGAACAGCCACCCAGAAAGAGGGGGGGUGCAGGCAGUUGUGGGGAUAGUGGAGGAGAAGGUCACGACGUUUUGGCGGUCUUUUGUGCAGCAGGAGGUGCAGGUCACGCUGCGGACUGCAGACGUGCCCAAGCUGCUGCGCAGGCUGGGCACUUACCCCCACGGCCGCAGGGGGGGCCUCCUCGACCAAGACACGGGGCCCCUCAAAGACACCACUCUCAAGCUUUCCGGCCAAGACGAAGUCCUCCAGUACCUCAGCCAGGCCCUGGCCAAACUCAUCAUGCCCAGCAUUGGCCCCAAAGCCACCUUCAGGCGACUCCUCCUUCACGUCUGCAUUGCUGGGAAGACUUGCUGA